AAAAACCAAAAACGCUCAGGAGCGGGGCGGAGCAGGCGCUACGGCGGCCGGCACGGGGCGGGCCAAGGAGUGCGUCCGCUGCGAGUGCUCCUGGAUGGGCCCGUCGCCGCCGCUGCUCGUUGUGCUGUUGGUCCUGUGCGCUCCGUGGUUCGCGCCGGGGAAUGGGCAGGCUACUAGCAUGGUGCAGCUACCGGGGGGCAGAUUCCAGAUGGGAACAAAUUCACCAGAUGGCAGAAAUGGUGAAGGGCCAGUACGGGAGGUGACAGUAAAACCCUUUGCCAUUGAUGUAUUUCCUGUCACCAACAAAGAUUUCAGGGAGUUUGUCAGGGAAAAAAAGUACCGGACAGAGGCUGAGAUGUUCGGGUGGAGUUUUGUCUUUGAGGAGUUUGUCGCCAAUGAGCUUAGAAACAAAGUGACUCAUCAAAUGGAGUCUGUUCUCUGGUGGCUUCCAGUGGAAAGGGCAUUCUGGAGGCAGCCUGCAGGUCCUAACUCUGGCAUCCAAGAGAGACUGGAGCUCCCAGUGCUACACGUGAGCUGGAAUGAUGCUCGGGCCUACUGUGCUUGGAAGGGGAAACGGCUGCCCACUGAGGAAGAGUGGGAGUUUGCUGCCCGAGGGGGCUUGAAGGGUCAGGUUUACCCAUGGGGAAACCAGUUCCAGCCAAACCGCACCAACCUGUGGCAGGGAAAGUUCCCCAAGGGUGACAAGGCGGAGGAUGGCUUCCACGGAGUCUCCCCAGUGAAUGCUUUCCCUCCACAGAAUAACUAUGGACUCUAUGACCUCAUGGGCAACGUAUGGGAGUGGACGGCAUCUCUAUACCCAUCUGCUGACCAGGACAUGCGUGUUCUCCGGGGGGCAUCCUGGAUCGACACAGCUGAUGGCUCUGCCAAUCACCUGGCCCGGGUCACUACCAGGAUGGGUAACACUCCGGAUUCAGCCUCAGACAAUCUAGGCUUCCGCUGUGCUUCCAGCAUAGGCCGACUACCUGGAGAGUUGUGAACAGCCAUGCAGAGCCAAGAAGAAGAGCUCCCUGGUACCCACGUCUCUCCCUGGCCUCCAUAGCCAAACUCCAGGCUCUUCAGAGUUGGCCUUGGGAAUGGCCUCCUUCCCCUUCCCCCAUUUCUCCCCUGGCCAGGAGAGGACUGUGACCUCAGAAUGGGGUACCAGUGUGUCAUGGAGAAGGGACCCGACUUACUGAUGGUGCCCAGGGAGCAGAGUGUUCUCUUAGAGGUCAGAUGUUAGCCAUACAGGGGCCAGUCCUCCAACAGUCAGGGUAGAGUACUCUAAAAGGCACUUUGUUAAAAAUUCUUAAAUCUGUUCCCUCCCACUUUCUCAGUGUCUGAUUCAGGGAUCUGACUUUGUUUUCUCAAGGCAGAAUUUUCUCCAUUUUUCUUUGUUUUCCCAGCAAACUGCUAUAGAAGGAAAAUACUUCCUUCAUUCACCCCGUUUGUCAUGUUUCAUAUACUUCUGAAAGAACCUAAUUUCUACUAUCUGCAUGUAGAAUGCAGUAGCUGGGCUCUUUAAAGCACAAAGUGAAUCUUAAAAGGGUUUAGGAGAACCAAGUUAUGUACCAGACAAAACUGCAUUUUGGGAGUCUUACAGUGAAUAAUACUCGAGAGAGACGAAUACCAGAACCUUUCCUUUAUAUUAUUAACUGUAUGUGGGCUUCCAUAUGCCUGUAAACACAUGUCCCUGGAAAAGAACCUGCUUUCAUGAUGUCACUGGAUGUUGUGAGGUCAGUAAAAUCCCCUGUAAUUGUGUA